AUGUCGAGAACCAAGGGAAAAAAGCCGACUCAGCACCAGAAGGCAGAGCCCGCUGCAGCCGUCGAUGUAGCCGUCGAUGCGGCCGACAGCGGCGACGCCCAGGCUGCUGGUGCCAAGAAGGGCAAGCUCAUCCGACCCCGAGGCAAGCGUGGCGGUGUCAAGCAUCGCAAAGGCGGCGCUGCACAGAACACGGCGAUACAGAAGGCUGCGCUCAAGGAGUCGCGCAAGGCCAAGACCAACGCCGGUGCUGACCAAGAUGGCGGUGCCAGCGUUGACGGAUCGGCGGCCCCGGUGCCUCCUGCGGAACACGCCGAAAAGAUUGCCAAGUUCCACACGCUCUUGAAGCAGCUCGAGCAGGCGACGACGGCGGAAGAAAAGGAGCAGAUUCAGUCGGGGCUCGACUCGCUCGGAGGUCUGGCGCAGUACCAGGCGUGGUCGCUCACCGGUUCCGCCAAGGCCGGCCAGACGCCCACCAGCAAAUGGUGCAUGGAGGCGCUCAACACCGUCUACCAGCACGACCGCAACCAGCCCAAGUUCCGUGUGCUCGACGUCGGCGCCAUCACAGGCACCGCCUACAACAAGUACCGCUGGGUCGAUGCCACCUCGAUCGAUCUGCAUCCGCAAGGCGAAAAUGUGCAGAAGUACAGCUUCUUCGACUUCCCCGUGCCUACCAAGGACGACGAAAAGUUCAACAUGGUCGCCCUCAGCCUCGUCAUCAACUUUGUCGGCGACGUGAGGAAGCGCGGUGAGAUGCUCCGUCAUGUCCACAAGUAUCUGCCCACCGCCGAGGGCGUGCCUGGAUUCUGCUUCCUCGUUCUCCCGCUCAGCUGCCUCACCAACUCGCGCUACAUGAACCAGUCGCACCUCCGCGCCAUCCUCAGCUCGCUCGGAUUCGACGUGCUCAAGCAGUCGGAUUCCGCCAAGCUCUCCCGCUGGCUCCUCCAGGCCAAACCCCUCGCAGAACGCACGGCCGCUGCAGAGGCCUCGGAAAACCCCGCCGCCUCCGCAGACUGGGACGGCACCGCAUUCAAGAAGCGCGACAUCAACCCAGGCACCAACCGCAACAACUUUGCCAUCGUCGUUGACCCAAAGCCGGAAUAG